AUGAUUGUCGACAAUUUUUGUGAGGACGAAGAAGAGAAGACAAUAAAAGAAGAUUACAUAUUGGAGGAACUGCUGAUUGUUUUGGCCCUGGGCGAAGAAUGCAGAUACAGUGUGCCGUUUAUUCAAAAUAGUGUGCCUAAGUCAAUCGUAUUAUAUCGCUUAGGCUCAAACGGUGAAGGCGCUACUCUGUCUAAGAUUGCUGGCUUGUUUGGAGUUAGUGAUGGUGGUAUCAUUCAGAAUUUGACUGACAGAAUUUUUAAAGCACUGUUAAAGCAUAAAGAUCAGUAUCUGUUUUGGCCAAAUAGCGAUGAACGUAAAAAGCUCGUGUCAGAAACCUGGGGUGAAUUGCCAAACUGCGUGGGAUACGUCGAUGGUACUGAAAUUCCUUUGGCGGAAAAACCUUCUCAAGACCCAGAAGCUUACUUUUCACGAAAGCACCAAUACUCAGUUAAAGUUCAAGCCGUUUGUGACCAUUCGCUUCAAAUAAGACAUUUAGUGUUAGGCUAUCCAGGUAGCGUACAUGAUGCACGUAUUUUUAGUAACUGCGAAUUGUCGAAUGACGCCGAUGUGUUUUUUGGAGGAGCUGAAUGGAUCGCAGGUGACAGUGCCUAUAAAUUGUCACGAACUCUUAUAACACCAUUUAGAGAAAACUCUAGAGAACUAACAGGGUCAGCGGACUUUCUUUAA